AUGAUCGGGAAGGAUCCUCAGACCUAUGGCCUGGGAGGCGGGAAGUUGGCGACAUUCACAGCAUCCCUCCAGUUCAUCCUCCGGCCUGGCUUUGCGUUCAACCAGGGCUACCACGUGAGCCUGGUGCCGGAGGACCCCAGCAAGUAUGCAUCAGGCCACAUGUUUGGCAAGGCAGUGCGUGAGGAGAGCAUCGUCGCGACCUUUCCUCGUCCAGAGCUGCCGAUAGAGCUGUACGAGUUUGAGAGCUGUCCCUUCUGUAGGAAGGUGAGGGAAGCUGUGAAUGUGCUGGACAUUGACGUCAAGUUCUUCCCCUGCCCCAAGAAUGGGCCGACCUGGCGCAAGCAGGUCAAGGAGACCACCGGGAAGUCGCAGUUCCCCUACAUGAAGGACCCCAACACUGGCGUGGAGAUGUUUGAGAGUGACGCCAUCAUCAAGUACCUCUGUGAUACGUAUGGUGAUGGCACGGUGCCCCUCCCCCUGCGCCUGGGCAUCCUCACCAACAUCAGCGUCUCCUUGGCCAUGAUAGCAAGGGUGAACAGAGGAACCGUGUAUCGUCCCUCCCGUCUCCCAGAGAGGCCCCUGGUGCUGUGGAGUUUUGAGGGCAGCCCAUUCUGCAAGAUUGCUCGGGAGGCACUCGUGGAGCUGGAGAUCCCACACAUCCAUGUGACGGCUGGCCGUGGGUCACCGAAACGCCAGGUCUUGUUCGAGAAGAGGGGCAGGUUCCAAGCCCCGUACCUGGAGGACCCGAACAAGGGCGUGGCCAUGUUUGAAUCAGCCUCCAUCGUGCAGUACCUGAAUGACACAUACGCCAUCGCUGAGUAA